UAUAUCCGAGCGGGCCGCGACGGAGAGCUUACGGCCGCCGAGCUGAGGCGAAAGUAAUACGAUAUUACAGACUAUAUAUACAGUGUGUAUCAUUUAUGAGAAAAAAAUGCGGUUUGGCACAUUUCUAUUUUUUUGUUUAGUUUUGUUUGUUCACGGACAAAGAAGGAAUUAUUCGACUUUAAAAUGCCCUAAGGACUGCUACUGCUUUCGGAAAACAGUUCGAUGUAUGAAACUGGAUUUAGUUACAAUACCCAGGAUAUCAGAAAGGACCGUAACUUUCGACCUUCGAUUUAAUCGGAUCAGAGAUGUUCCCGACGGUUUCUUUAAGAAUCACAAAGGAAUGGUGUCUCUGCUGCUCAACAAUAAUUUCUUAACCGCCUUGACGAAUGCUACAUUUGAAGGACUGUACAGUUUACAAAACUUGUAUUUAUAUAAGAACAGAAUCAAGUACAUCGAGAGUGGGACUUUUAGGCAUAUGGCAAGAUUGGAAAGACUGUAUCUACAAAGUAACGAGCUUCAAGAGUUCAAAGCGGCGACAUUUUCCGACCUACCAUCUUUGGAUCGUCUUUACCUUUAUAACAACCAUAUCAAACAAAUACCAAAAGGAGCAUUCAAUCACUUACCGAAGCUGAGAAGACUACGCUUGGAUCAUAACGCAUUAAUUUGCGAUUGUAAAUUAGCAUGGCUCUCAAAAAUGCUGACAAAAACCGACUCCUUGCAGGCUUCGGCUCACUGCGCAAAACCUACGGAAAUGAGCGGAAGAAGUAUUAUCGGGAUGGCACAUAAACAUUUCCACUGUGAACCUCCCAAAAUCGUGGAAAAUCCUGAAGAUAUCCAAAUAACCAUCGGUGGAACAGCCAUAUUUAAGUGCUCCGUACAAAGUGACGAGGAACCAUCGAUUGUUUGGAUGAAAGAGAACGAGGAGCUUAUUCCAGACAAUAAAAAGUACAAAUUAAUGGAUAAUGGAACUCUGAUGAUCCAGAACACCGAAGAAACAGAUGGGGGCUACUACGAAUGCUUCGCUAAGAAUCCCGAAGGCGAAGUGAGAUCCAGACCAGCCAGGAUGGUAGUUGAUAAUGGCUUUCAAAGUGAGAAUCAAGUCAUUGAAGGAUCUUAUGAAAUGCCAAAAUUAAUUUUGGCCCCAAAAACAACAUCAGUGACACCUGGGACAAGACAAGUACGUUUGGACUGUAGAGCCAUCGGAAACCCCCCACCACGCAUCACGUGGUCACAUAAUGGCCGAGAAAUAGCACCAUCUUACCGUCACUUAACCUCUCCCGAUGGUUCUUUAACCAUUUUGGACAUAGAGGAGUCGGAUCAUGGUAGUUACAGAUGCGAAGCCUCCAAUUAUAAUGGAAGAGUAUCCGCUGAGGCAAAUAUACUAAUUAAAGUUGCUCCAAUAUUCUCCAUCCAGCCGGAAAAUAUCAAUGUAAUUACUGGUAAAAGUAUAAGACUAGUGUGUGUAGCAUCCGGAACCCCUGUACCUCAAAUGAUAUGGUAUAAAGAUGAUUUAGAAAUUGUCCCUUCUGAUGACCGUGUAUACUUCAAUGCCGACAGGACCACUCUAGAAAUAAUCAAUGCAAUAGAAACAGACUCUGGACUCUAUGUAUGCGAGGCCAAAAACGAAUUGGGAUCCAGAGAAGUCAGUGCUAGGGUCAAGGUAUCACAAUCUGACGAUAGGCCUCCAAAGCUUAUCUACAAACCAUACAAUAUUGAGGCUUUUAUAGGAAGUACUAUAGAGUUACCAUGCAGGGCCCAGGGUGAUCCAAACCCAGGCAUUACGUGGCAAAAGGAUGGAGCCAGGAUGCAAAGAACUGGAAGAUUUAAAAUUGGACUAACUGGAAAUUUAUAUAUUUACAAGGUGGCUCCAGAAGAUCAGGGCAUCUAUGAAUGUCUGGCUCAAAACGUGCAUGGACGUGAUUCAGCAACAGGCUACUUAACAGUAAAAGAAGAUCCAGCGGUAAGAACCGGAGCAAUCAGUAAUAUAGGUGAUAAAUUUAUUAAAAUAGCCUUCACGGAAGCUUCGAACGAAAUUGAUAAAGCCAUAAACAAUACUAUCGAAAACUUCUUGCACAACAAGAGUCCCUCAUCCUCCGAGUUGUUCAGGAUUGUUAGAUACCCAGAUGCCCCAGCUCGUGAACUGGCCAGAGCAGCUGAAGUGUACGAAAGGACUUUGGUGAACAUUAGGAAACACAUAAAUAAGGGUCAAUUGCAAAUGAACAAUACUCAAGUAUUUGAUUACCAUGAGGUACUGUCUCCACAGAAGUUGGAUUUAAUUGCUAGGUUAUCAGGUUGUAUGGCCCACAGAGAAGGCACUAACUGCUCAGACAUGUGUUUCCACUCAAAAUAUCGAAGUAUAGAUGGCAGAUGUAACAAUCUGCAACAUCCUACUUGGGGUUCUAGUCUAACAGGUUUUCGGCGAAUCUUAAAACCGAUAUACGAGGACGGAUUCAGCAAACCCGUUGGCUGGGACAAAGGAAAAUUAUACAAUGGAUAUCCAAAGCCUGCUUCCAGAAAGGUUUCAACCUCUUUAAUAUCGACCAGUAAAAUCACACCAGAUGCAGAAAUCACGCAUAUGGUAAUGCAAUGGGGCCAAUUCUUGGACCACGAUCUGGAUCACGCGACCCCUAGUGUCAGUUCAGAGAGUUGGGAUGGGAUCGACUGUAAAAAGUCAUGCGACUAUGCUGCUCCUUGUUAUCCCAUGGAUGUUCCAGAAGAUGAUCCUAGAAUAAAAAAUAGGCGCUGUAUAGAUUUUGUAAGAUCUAGCGCUAUCUGUGGAUCUGGUAUGACUUCCAUAUUUUUCGAUUCCGUGCAGCACAGAGAACAAAUCAAUCAGUUAACUUCCUACAUAGAUGGUUCAAUGAUUUAUGGCUUCUCUGACGAGUUAGCAAGAGAAAUAAGAGAUCUGGACUCACCCUUGGGUCGCCUGAAAGAAGGCGUGGUUUUCCCAGGUAGAAAGCCGCUGCUUCCUUAUGCUACAGGUCCUCAAGGCAUGGACUGUCGAAGGAAUCUAUCGGAAAGUGAUUUGGCCUGUUUCUUGGCCGGUGACAUUAGAGCAAAUGAACAAAGUGGCCUCACUGCUAUGCAUACGGUUUGGAUGAGGGAGCAUAAUAGACUUGCCAAAGAACUUAGGUACCUUAAUCCUCAUUGGGAUAGCGACAUGUUGUACCAUGAAGCCAGAAAAAUAGUCGGAGCAGCAAUCCAGCAUAUCACCUACAAACACUGGAUGCCCUUCAUAGUAGGUCCUGAGGGGUUAAAUAUACUUGGAAAGUAUGAAGAGUAUAAUCCUCAAUUAAAUCCAAGUAUCUCGAACGUUUUUGCUACAGCUGCUCUAAGAUUUGGACACACUUUGAUUAAUCCAGUCUUGAACAGGCUCGAUUGGGAGUUUAAGCCAAUACGAGAGGGUCAUCUACCGCUACACAAAGCGUUCUUCUCGCCUUGGAGGAUAGUGGACGAAGGAGGAAUAGAUCCUUUGAUGCGCGGAAUGUUCGUCACAGCGGCGAAAAAGAAACUUCCCAAAGAAAAUCUUAAUACGGAACUUACGGAGCGGUUGUUUCAGACCGCGCAUGCUGUGGCUUUGGAUUUGGCAGCUAUGAACAUUCACAGGUCUCGAGAUCACGCACUGCCUGGCUACAUAGCAUUCCGGAACUUCUGUAACAUGUCAAAAGUAUCCGACUUCGAAGAUUUAGCAACCGAAAUAUCAGAUCCUGAUUUAAGGCAAAAAUUAAAGGAACUUUACGGUCACCCGGAAAACAUCGACGUAUGGGUGGGAGGAAUAUUGGAAGACCCCGUACGGGGUGGAAGGGUUGGCCCACUAUUUAGAUGUUUACUAUUGGAACAGUUCAGACGGUUAAGGGAUGGAGACCGUUUUUGGUACGAAAACCCUUCAGUAUUUAAGCCCGAACAGUUAGUGCAGAUAAAGCAGUACUCUUUGGCCAGGGUACUAUGUGAUAAUGGUGAUAAUAUUACUAGAAUUACUGAGAAUGUUUUUGUGCUGCCUGAAUUGCAAGAGGGAAUUAUUAGUUGUGAAAAGAUACCAAAAGUAGAUUUGAAAUUGUGGAGCGAGUGCUGUACGGACUGUAGGUAUACGGGUCAAUUAAACACAAUAAGCCGACUGAAUGCCAGAAGUAGGCGAAACGCAGAAACAGAAAAGAAGCAUGAAAAAGAACUAAGGCAGCUGAGAAACAGGGUGUCUGAGUUAGAAGAUAGACUAGAUAAGGCCUUGAGAAAAAUAGAGCUUUAAAGCGUGUAUUUUUUAAAAACUAUUCAUUAUUUUCCUAAUAAUAAGCUAAUAAGUGCUUAAGCACGAAUUAUUAUGUAAAUAGUUCGAUAAAUCGCUUUUAAAUAAUAGGAAUAUAGAAUUUAAAGGCCUUUAAAAACACUGUUAUGUGUUUAGCUUAGGAAUUUACCGGUCUAAUAGUUUUAACUUGUUUUUGUUGUGAUAUUCUACGUUUAAGCGUUAUUUUUACAUUUUUAAUCUGCAGUGCCAUUUUGCUAACUAACUCGCCUGAUUAAAUGGAAAAUAUGCAUGGCAAAAACCAUUAUUUUUCUUAAACUUGAUCUAUUUUGCUUUAAUAUUUUGUAUAACAAACAAAUCAGCACUGCUAUGUGUAUUACAUAUUUUAUGUAAUAAAGAAAUGUACGAGAAGA